CAACAUACCAACAGCGAAGACGACCACUACACAACUUACAUGCUGGUACAAUAAAUAUAUCUAUAUAUUGUAUGGUGGAGAACAGGAGGAACAGGAGAACACACACCAUACAGUAUACAAUAUAAUAAUAAAGUAAAAGCCAAGAAGAGCCAGUGGAGGUUGUCCAACGGCAUACCAGAGCGAAGAUACUUUCGGGACUCUAGACGUUAUUCUACCAAUCGCCUAGAGGGCUUAUUCCAGAGCCAAACGUACCCGCACGUACGUUAUUAUUUAAUCCAAUACCUCCAACACUUGAGUUAAGGUGAAGACGGUGAAGUGACUGGAAGUGACUGGAAGUGACUGGAAGUGACUACUACUACUCGAAUCCUUUCUUUCCUUCCUUAUAUUCCUUUCUUUUCUUCUGCAACCUUAAUCUCUCCAUUCCUCUACUGGUUGGUUCGUACCGUCCGCACAUUUGUAUCUUCCUGCUUGGUUGCCUGUUUGACUGCCGGACUGCAGGACUGCAGGACUGCCAGCACUCUGUUUGCUCUCUUUCGGGUUCACUAUCGAACCAAGUAGUGAAUACCCUUGACUUUCCGUCUUAUUACUCUUCUCCUUGUACUCUGAUUGUUCUUGGCGUCUUCACUACAUGGUUAACAGCUUUUAAUGCAUCUUUAACUUUUUCCGAGGCAUACAACAAAAUAAAAUAAAUAAAACAACUUGUGUACAUGUCAACUAUUAUUUUGUUUAAAUAAAUAUUAAAAAAGUGUGUGUUGACUCGUGGUAAAUCGGCAACAAGUGUCUAGUCAAGUUCUGUUUGCUAGUUAAAUUGGUGAUUAAAGUAGAAAAACAUAAUGACCUGUGUUAUUAUUUGAAAUAAUAGGAAUUUUAAAUCAGUAUUAUAUUUUGUUUAAAAAGAUGGCGAGGGUUGGAUUCAUUUGGAUAAACAUCAUAGCCAUAAAUAUUUUACUCAAGACAAUACUUGCCAGUCCACUGUAUCCACAAUUAAUUACAAACGGUAAUGGAAGAAAUAUACGUCAUUUACCGUGUGUCUCGCUGAGAACCGGUGAAACAGGAGUCUGUAUGUUUGCGUUCAACUGCGUAAAAGCCAACGGAACUCAUCUUGGCACUUGCUUAGACCGCUUUUACUUCGGAAGCUGCUGCAAGCUAAACGACGAGCCAUAUGUAUCGAUACAAGACAAUGCAAUCGAUGACUUGCCAUCCAGCUCAGUCAUUGUAUCAACCGGUAAACCGAUCGAGAGCAACGACAUACCGGAUAUUAAAAUAAAACCUAAACCAAAGCCCGAGACUUUACCCUCGUCAACAAACUCAAUUCCCACUUCAACUUCAACUGAAAAACCUUUAAUCCCAACAAUUAAAUUAACUACAACCACAAAAUCCCCUUCAACUUCAAAGUUACCUUCGACAACAAAAACACCAUCAACAACUAAAACCGCAAGUUCAACCUCAACGUCAACCUCAACGAGACCAUUUAGCACUCCUUAUACAACAACCCAGCCCUCCGUAUUCUCAACAUUCCAAACAGUUCAAGACAGUCAUGAAACUUACGCUCCAACUACCGUACAAACAACUCAAAAAACUUUAACAACUUCAACAUCUACUAAACCUACUAGACCUACCAGACCUACUACAACAGAUCGUAAUCCUCCUGCUGGAACAAGAUUUCCUCCACGGAAUGCAACAACUCCUUCAACGACAACUCUUAAAACCACCACAUUGAUACCGACAACAAGACCCACCACCAAAAGACCCACCAACACCAAAAGACCUUUAAAGAAACCAACCACCACUACCACUACCACUACGUCAAGACCUUUUUCAACAAAUUCAACCUUCGCAAAACCUUCGAAACCUUCAAAGCCAAUUACUACAACAACAAUAUUCACUAAAAAACCUUCUGAACCAAUUAGAACAACUGUAAAACCAACAAAAUUCCCUCUAUUUACAACAAAAUUAACCACUACUGAAAAACCGAGACCAAUUUCUACAAAACCUACAGAAUCUAAACCUAAACCUAAACCUAAACCAACUACUACAUCUAGUCCAGUUACUAAACCACUUAGUACAACAUUAUCCAGCCCAAUUACUGCAACAACAGCCAAACCAACUAUAACAACAUCAACAACAACAACAGCGGCACCAACAACAACAACAUUAAAAAUUAGUUCAACUGAAAUCCCAAAAACAACAGAAACCGAAAUAACCGAAAGAAUCUCAACGCCAGGAUUUAUUACAUGGAGCUCAAAUUCCGAUCAACAGACUACCAAAUCUCCCUUAACUACAACAACUUAUAGCCCAACAACAACAACAACAACAACAACAACAACAACUACAACAAUCGCCACACCAACAACAAUAACAACGACAACAACAACAGAAAUACCGAGUUCGUCUUCAACAUCAUCUAGCACAACGGCAGCACAACUAGAAGAACCAGAGUGGUCACCGAUAACAACACCAGACGGUUGGAUAAUGAUCCAGUCCCCGAGCACUAAAAAGCCCGGAAACGAUGAAAAGGAACCUGUUACAACGAAUAUUAUCGAGGCAAAGCCCACCAAAUUGCCUACUACCAUAUCAGAGUUCGUGGAGUUGACAACAGAAACGUUGACACCAACUCAGACAUCAGAACCACCUGUACCGACUGCUGAUUCUGUAUCAUCAGUAUCAGCAUCAACAAGUACUCUGGAACCAGAUCUAGACAUUCCUGUUUCUCCGGCAUCCGAAUGGCUCAACAUGUCUGACUACAGACAAGUUUGCGGGAGAAGAAUGUUUCCGGAGUCGCGAAUCGUCGGCGGUGAGAGCAGUUCUUUUGGAAAGUGGCCCUGGCAGAUAUCAUUGAGACAAUGGAGAACUUCAACAUUUUUACAUAAAUGCGGUGCAGCUUUGUUGAAUGAAAAUUGGGCAAUUACUGCCGCUCAUUGUGUUGAACACGUAGCCCCUGGUGAUUUAUUAUUACGAAUGGGUGAGCAUGAUCUGGCAAAUGAAAAUGAACCUUACAGUUACCAAGAAAGACGUGUACAAUUAAUAGCAAGUCAUCCGCAAUUCGAUCCAAGGACUUUCGAGUACGAUCUCGCUCUACUUCGGUUUUACGAGCCGAUAGUGCCAUUCCAGCCAAAUCUUUUGCCAAUUUGUCUGCCAGAUGACGAUGAACUUUACGUUGGUUACACUGCUUACGUUACUGGCUGGGGUAGACUAUACGAUGAGGGUCCAUUGCCAACAGUCCUUCAGGAAGUUUCUGUACCUGUUAUCAACAAUACAGUGUGUGAAUCAAUGUACAGAAAUGCUAGUUAUGAUGAGCAUAUACCUCACAUAUUCAUAUGUGCCGGCUGGAGGAAUGGUGGCUUUGAUUCUUGUGAGGGCGACAGUGGAGGUCCAAUGGUAAUUCAGAGACCUCGUGACAAGCGGUGGAUCCUCGCGGGAAUAAUUAGCUGGGGAAUAGGAUGCGCGGAACCGAACCAACCCGGUGUUUACACGAGAAUAUCUGAGUUCAGAGAAUGGAUUAAUCAAAUUUUACAGUUUUAAAUAAAUUAAAUUUUUUUUUUAUUAUAAUCUCGAAAAUUUACAAUGAACAUAAAGUUAAAAGUGAUGAGUGAUGACAAUCGAACAAUUUAGUAUUUAAUUUGUCGGUUAAUAAUUUACAAAAUAGCCUUGUUACAUUUUCAUCUAGUUGACUAAUUAAUAAUAAUAAUUAAUUAUUAUUGCCUAAUAUUAUUAUUAUUAUUAUUAUUAUUAUUACUAUUAUCAUUAUAUUAUCUUUAUUACUAUAAAUAUUAUUAUUAUUUAUUAAAAUACCUACUCUCUUAAAACGAAUUAGUGAAAAUCACUAUUUCGAAGUGAAUAACCACUUAUUGUCAGUGAAAAGUAUACCAUUAUUUGAAUUAGUGACAUACUUUUUACUAGUAAACAAUGAAUAGUAACUAUUUUCACUAUUUCAAAUGUAAGAGAGUAACUCAGAUGAAAAUGCAACGAAUUGCAGUAGACAUAAAGUAA